CCGGUAUCCAUUUUCACACUUGUGCAUGAACCGGACUUGACGAAGUUGACGGCUUACUCUUCUCAAACUAGCGCCUCGAGAAGGUGAAACAGACAGGAUACUGAUAUCAGUAUGUCCUGUGCCCUUACAGGAUUGCCCGACCGUCUCUACCUUUGCCGGAUCAGCAUCUGUUUGCUUCGCAAAGACAUCGUGCGGUCUACGAAACAGAAACAUGAAGAGUGCCACCUAUCAGUUUCUGAUUGGCUCCUUUGCUGCCAUAGGCUCCUUUCUAUUUGGAUAUGACUUAGGAGUUAUCGCAGAGGUUGUGGCUUCGCAAUCGUUCAAGGAUGCGUUCCUACAGACCAACGGUGCCACCCGUUCCGGGACAGUCGUCGCCCUCUUCACAGGUGGUUGCUUCUGUGGUGCAUUCCUGGCCUCAUAUUCCGAUCCUCUAGGACGCCGUGGGACGAUUCUUAUGGCUUGCUGUAUCUUCAUUGUUGGGGGCGCUAUCCAGACCGCUGGCGUGGCGAUCUCCAUGCUCUACGUUGGACGACUUAUAGCAGGAAUCGGAGUAGGCUUUCUGACGAUGAUAAUCCCUAUAUACCAGGCUGAGCUGGCCCAUCGAAAGAUUCGAGGAAAGAUUACCAGCCUGCAGCAGCUGUUCAACGCGAUCGGCCAAAUCUUCGCUACUUGGAUAGGCUAUGGAUGCUUUAUGACCUGGGAAGGGACUGGCAACAGCCGAGAGUGGCGGAUACCGCUUGCUAUUCAGAUCAUCCCGUGCUUGUUCCUCGGGGCCUUGAUCUUCACAUUUCCAGAAUCGCCGAGAUGGUUGUGUGAUCACGACAAGUCGGACGAAGCACUUACGACUCUUGCAAUGCUCCACGCAUAUGGGGACACUAGUGAUCCGUAUGUGCUGGCUGAGUACGAGCUCAUUCACGCGCAGAUUGCCGAUGAACACUCGCGCGAAAAGUCGGUCAGCUACAUCGACCUCUUCAGAGGUUGGCCAAAUCUACGCCGCACCAUAUUGGUCAUGGCCAUCCAAGCUAGCUGUCAGAUGACUGGUGUUUCGGCUAUACAAUAUUUCUCGCCUCAAAUCUUUGCGCAGAUUGGAAUAUCCACCGGUAUGGCUCUGCUCCUAUCGGCCGUAAACGCGAUUUUCGCCUUCCUCGGAACUACCGUGUGCAUCCUAACCGUUGAUCGGCUCGGUCGACGCCCGCUGGAAAUAUACGGAUGUGCAUUCCUAGGCAUUACAUUCGUCAUCAAUGCUGUUCUCAUCAAGGUUUUUCCCGCGGAUACACCAUCAACAGCGGCUCACUGGACCUUUGUCGCCUUUACCUGGUUAUUCAACUUUGUGUUCUUCUGGACGUCUGGGCCGCUAAGCUGGGCAAUACCGGCCGAACUUUUUGGCACUGCAAUGCGACUGAAGGGUGUCAGCUGGGGCGCUAUGACUUCUUUUGCAUUCAACACAAUGAUCGGCCAGGUCACACCCAUAGCUGUUGAUGCGAUCGGGUGGAAAUAUUAUGUCGUCUUUAUCAUUUGCAACUUCACGAACGCGAUCUUCUUCUGGGCAUUUCAACCGGAGACCAAGGGACUUAACCUAGAGGACAUGGAUGAGCUCUUCCGAGAUCACCCGGUCUUUGUACCGACAAGCCAUUGGAAGCCAAUAUCUGACGUCGAGGAGCAUGCCUGUGAGCUUGCGAAACGGGAGCAAGACGCAGGUGAGCUAGGUGAAACAGGAAAGCCACUUUCAAGACCAUCACAACACAUCGAGCAGCUUCCGCAAUAGCACCUGCAAGCGGGCGUUCGUGGAGACGCAUCAUUGGCAUACUGCACACAAGAGUAACGGCGUAGCAGCAGAUUUGGGAUGACGGAGCUGGUGACUACCUCAAUGGUCAAGCGCCACGGGACCACUGCCUGACACGCUUCAGAUGCGAUGGCCCUAGAAAAAAGCGAUUUGAUAGGUCAAAGACAGGUCUCUGGGGAUGCUCAUGGAUAUGGUAGGGGUAAGCGCACUUCAGA